GGAAAAGAGAGGCAAGAAGCCAGCAGGGAAUGAACAGAAUGCAGGGCACAAGGAUCGGAUUUGGGGGAGUAAAACCAAAAAGGCAAGCCCACAGAGGCGCCAGCAGGACAUGACAUCCACUCAGUCACCCUACAAAGGACUCCACAUGUCUCAAAUGGACUUAAGGGAAACAGAAAGUGGGCCACCCAGUGAAGGAGGUCGAAGGCUAGAGGUCCCAUCAAUGAAGAUGCAGGACCGCCAGAGUCUACCUGAGAUCAUCAUUACAACCAAAGAUGACUACCAGCCACAUUCCCCCAACCAAACACCCAGUUCUGACAAGAAUCACCCGAAGUCUGAGGCCAAGGGCGCCUUUGGUGGUGGUGAGGAGACCAGUGGUGCGCAUCACAAGGAUGGUGUCCAUAACUGCCCUCACAAGAAGACCCAGAGCAUCGGUCGUAGGCUGGUCCGCCGAAGGGCGCUGUUUGAGAGGAGGCAGAGGCUGAAUGACUGUGCACUCGCUGUGGGGAUGUUUGGAGUGGUGGUCAUGAUCACCGAGAUAGAGCUCUCCUGGAGCGUCUACAGUAAGAGCUCUAUAUACUCUAUGGUUAUGAAGUCUGUUAUCAGUCUGUCCUCUCUCAUCCUGCUGGGUCUGGUCAUUGCCUACCACAUCUGUGAGGUGCAGCUCUACAUCCAUGACAACGGAUCAGAGGACUGGCAAAUUGCCAUGACAACGGAGCGGGUGAGCCUGAUCGCCCUUGAGCUGUUUGUUGCGGCGGUGCACCCGUUCCCAGUGGGUCUCCCAUUGACAUGGCAAGCCAUGUCCCCCACGCUGUCAGAGACAGAGCUGGAGAUCGUGCUGGCUCUACCCAUGUUCCUGCGACUCUACCUCCUGGGUCGUGCCUUGAUGCUGCACAGCCGACUCUACACAGACACCGCCUCGCGCAGCAUUGGCGCCCUCAACAAGAUCCACUUCAACAGCCGUUUUGUGGUCAAAACCCUGAUGACCAUCUACCCUGGCACUGUGUUGAUGAUCUUCAGCGUCUCUCUGUGGCUAGUUGCUGCCUGGGGCCUACAUGUCUGUGAGAGACACCACAACUAUAAGGACCUGAGCAGUAACUACAUGGAGGCCCUGUGGAUGGUCUCGGUCACCUUCUUGUCCAUUGGUUACGGGGAUGUUGUUCCCCACACCUACUGUGGCCGCAGCAUCUGUCUACUCACUGGCAUCAUGGGGGCUGGUUGCACAGUGCUGGUGGUUGCUGUGGUUGCCAGGAAACUGGAGCUGACUAGGGCAGAGAAACAUGUCCACAACUUCAUGAUGGACUCCCACUUUACAAAAGGGAUAAAAAUUGCUGCAGCAAAUGUACUGAGAGAGACUUGGAUGAUCUACAAACACACCAAGCUUGCCAGGAAGAGAGACCACUGCAGAGUACGCAUGCACCAGAGGAAGCUGCUACUCGCCAUCCACAAGCUGCGUGAUGUGAAGAUGGAGAGGAGGAAGUUGGCUGACCAGGCCAACACGCUUGUGGAUCUCUGCAAGAUGCAGAAUCUGAUGUAUGACAUGCUGUCCGAGGUGAGUGGAUUACGAGGGGACCUGGAAACACACAUAAACAGUCUGCAGCAGAAUGUGGAGGAGCUGAGAGAAGGCUUCAGGACCCUGAUACCCCUCCUCUCCAGUACCCUCUCCACACAGAACUCUUGCAUCCGCCACCUGCUAAGGGAGAGGGAAGAGCAGGCAGACACGGAGAAUGGGAGGACAGAAUAGGAAAUCCAGGAAAGCAGAACAUCAGACAGCAAGGAAGAGAGGGGAGCAGACAGGACAGAGCGCGAACACAGGAGAAGAUAGAGGUGAGGCCCACACAAGACAAACAUGGCAUAUUCCUCUC